AUGUUCAAGCAAUUCCUGAGUAAACUUCCUCGGAAGUCUUCAAAAACCGAGUCCGGAGGAGGAGAGCUGACUCGUUCGAGCUCGGUUCCGAUUCCGUCUCCUACUCAGAGAUCCGGAACCAAUACCGGCUCAGCUCCGGUUCGAUCCAACUCCGGGAAGCGUAUGUCGUCCGCUGUCUUCCCGGCGAGCGUGGUCGCCGGAAUCGAGCCGUUGGUACCAUUCAAGGACGUGCCAAACUCGGAGAAAUUAAACCUCUUUGUGAGUAAAGUCAGUCUCUGCUGCGUAACAUUUGAUUUCUCCGACCCGAGUAAAAACUCAAUCGAGAAAGACGUGAAGAGGCAGACAUUGCUCGAGCUACUGGAUUUCGUAACCGCAGGGUCUAUCAGAUUCACCGAGCCAGCUAUCUUAGCAAUGUGUAGAAUGUGUGCUGUGAAUCUCUUUAGGGUUUUCCCUCCGAAUUACCGGUCUAGUGGCGGCGGCGGCGGUGAAAACGACGACGACGAGCCAAUGUUCGACCCUGCCUGGCCGCAUUUGCAGAUCGUCUACGAUUUGCUGCUCAAGUUCAUCACAUCUCCGUGUCUCGAUGCUAAGAUGGCAAAGAAGUAUCUUGACCAUGCCUUCAUUGUGAGGCUGCUUGACUUGUUCGAUUCGGAGGAUCCUAGAGAACGAGAGUGUUUGAAGACGAUUCUGCAUCGUGUGUACGGAAAGUUCAUGGUUCAUAGGCCGUUUGUGCGCAAGUCCAUGAGCAAUAUCUUCUACCGGUUUGUGUUUGAGACGGAGAAGCACAGCGGAAUCGCAGAGCUUUUGGAGAUUUUCGGGAGCAUUGUGAGCGGAUUCGCUUUGCCUUUGAAAGAGGAGCACAAGAUCUUCCUUUGGAGAGUGUUGAUUCCGCUGCACAAGCCUAAAUCUGUAGGGAACUACUUCCAGCAGCUGUCUUACUGCAUCACUCAGUUCAUAGAUAAAGAGCCGAAAUUGGGGAGCGUUGUGAUAAAGGGCUUGUUGAAGUUCUGGCCUAUCACGAACAGCCAGAAGGAAGUGAUGUUUCUCGGUGAGGUCGAGGAGAUCUUAGAAGCAAUGAGCGUGAUGGAGUUUCAGAAGAUUAUGGUCCCAUUGUUCUUGCGGAUUGCUUGCUGUGUCAACAGUUCCCAUUUUCAGGUAUCUGAAAGAGCUCUGUUCUUGUGGAACAACGAUCAGAUUGUGAACUUGAUUGCACACAACCGGCAAGCCAUCUUACCAAUCAUGUUCACCGCCUUAGAAAGGAACGCUGAAAACCACUGGAACCAAUCGGUGCUUAACUUAACACUAAACGUGAGGAAGAUGUUCUGUGAAAUGGACGAGGCUCUGUUCAUGUCUUGCCACGCCCGCUUUCAAGAGGACGAAGCGAAGCAAUGCUCUGAAGCGGAGAAGAGGAAAGAGAUUUGGGCAAGGCUAGAGAACGCAGCAAGUAUGAAGCCGAUAACUGGGAAGACGGCUGUUCUGGUAACCCCUCGAGCAACCUCCAUUGCUUGCUAA